GAUUAAGGGGCAACUUGCAAGGAUUUAUGAAGUUCCUCUUUAAUCCUAGACAGAGAGGAAAAUGUUCCAUUACUGAUAACACACGCACACGCACAGGCGGUUCACUACAAUAUGAUCUUCAUCACAACUGCUGUGUUCGUGUGUUUGUGUUGGAGUGUGAGGGCGGAGUUAGUGCCUACCGUCCCGGACCGCGUGUUUGCCAUGCAGGGCUCAUGUGCUCUAAUCUCCUGCUCAUUCCCAUCUGUGAAUGGUUCUGGUGUGGGCAUGGCCAUCCGACUGAGGUACCGCCCCUCCUCCCCGUGGGCACGCCGUCAUACAGCCUUCAGCAGCGACCAGGCAGACCAGACAGAUCGUAAGUUCAGAGGGCGCGUUACCCUGAGCGGAGAUCUUAGUGUGGGAAACUGCUCCCUCACCAUCACUGAUGUCAGCACUGCUGAUCCGGACACGUACGAGCUCGAGUUGAGGGAGCGCCAAGGGUCAUGGGGCAGAACCAAGUCCAUCCGUGUUUUUGUCACACGUACCCCCGAGCAGCCGUUGUUGAGCGUCCCCCCCGUGGUGGUGUUGGGGCAGAUGGUGGUCCUGAAUUGCUCAGUGCGAAUCAGCUGCCCUUUGGCACCUCCCUGCCUGCUGUGGGUGUGGGAGAGGGGGGGUGCAGAGGGGGCAGGAGAGGACAGAGGGCUGGAGAGGGUGCAGAAAGACGGUGAGACGUCCUCACUCAUCUCAACUCUGUCCUUCACACCAUCUGAGCUGGUAAAGCCACGGAUCAGGUGUGAUGCCCAUCACCAUGGUAACAAGAAGAGCAGCAGCACUGCCACCAUGAACAUCCACUUCCCUCCCAUGGAUGUGUCAGUGGAGGUCCACACAGUGCUGGUGAGGGAGGGGGGCAGUGUUCAGCUGGUGUGUGUGUGUAAAGCUGAUCCCCCCGUCAUUGAGUACCAGUGGUCUUACACACACUCGAGUAGUGUGUUGCCCCUCUCCCAUCAUACACACUCCAUCCGCUUAUACAAUGUCACACGACACACACACGUGCAGUGCACUGCCCGCAACGCUCUGGGACACGCAACAUCUCCGCCCGCUCAUCUCAAUGUGCAGUAUGCUCCUAUGAUUGUGCAGAAUGCCUCUGUGUGUGUGUGGGAUGCUCAAGUGCAGGACUGUGUGUGUGUGGUUGACUCCAACCCACAGUCCCUCAUCACCUGGAGUGUAAAUGGCAGUGUUCCCCCCCUCGGCUUCAACAGCACGUCCUCUCACACACACCAUACACUGCAGGAGACGCUGCGGGGACACACACACACCCCGUUAAACAUCACCUGCUACGCCUUCAACCAUCUUGGCAAUGCCACACACACACUGCGGCUUCAGAGAGGGGAAGAGAGUCUCAUGCAGCCUCUGAUCUCGGUGGGAUUCAGUGUUUUGCUCUUCAUCCUCUUCUUCAUCACAGUGCCUGUGUGUGUAUGUGUGUGCCGUCGCAGAGCUGGACGGAGGAGGCGGGGGAUGGGCUGUGCCCCUGGAGUGUACCCCAGCACUGUGAGUGUGUAUCAGGAGCGCACACCUUUGUACAUUAACUGCUCUGAGGUCACACACAUCUACACCAACGGGAGCUACCAACUCGUCUACCAGAACUGUACACCCUGUUUCAUCCGUACAACACAGACUCAUAAGAGACAGAGGAGAGGAGCCAGACGAGAGAGACGAGAGCGAGACAGACAGAUUCCUUCAGAACAGAUGGAGAGAGGGAGACAGACACCUGUCAGUCAAAUGGAGAGCGAGAGACAGCUGUCGAUCACCGCUGACUCUGACUCGGCCAUCUACGUGGAAGUGAUCUGAGCAGGAUCUAAAGCAUACAAGUGUGCAUUUGCAGAAGGACAAGGGGACUGAACCAAGGGGAAAUGGACAAGGGGAAGUGUUGAAAAGAUGAUUGGAGUAAUGUUAAAUGUAGGUGUAGAUAAUGCUAUGAGUACUAAUCCACCCAAAUACCAACCCCAGGCUCCCACUAACCCCACCCUUACACAAACCACAUCCCUAAAACUAACCCCACCUUGACAUUAACUCCACCAUCACAUGAACCCAACCCAAACCCCACCACAACCCAAACCCUGCCCCAACACAAACCACACCCAACACAAACCACACCCUGAAACUACAGUGGUGCUUGAAAGUU